UCAAGCCCAUCAUCAUGAGGAGGAAGCAACAUGGGAGACGGGCGAGAAAGAAGAAGAGGAAACGGGAGUGCAGAGAAACAACUGUUAAGUCAGGUGCAAAUCAUUUUUAUUUUAUUUAUUGUACCUUUAUUUAACUAGGCAAGUCAGUUAAGAACAAAUACAGUCACAACCUCAUAAUUCUCAAAUUGGGUUAAUGUAGGCCUAACUGUUAUUUCUUAGCCUUACCUUGUGGUGCUGUUUGUUACCUCUCCAGUGACAAUAUCUCAUGAACCACAGUUUGUGGCUCUAAGAAGAUGGCUGCAACAGAGAGGCUUAAGCUCCAAGCUCCUAGUACCUGCACACUUCUCAGGUAGAAAUCCUUCAGAGCCAAGAUAGGUGCCAAAACGCUCUAAAUUCUGGAUAAAGAGUUGUCUUCUCUGUUCUUCAUACAUUUCUGACCAGCAGCUUUGUCUUUUAUUUUGCUUUACAGACACAGGACGUGGACUGAUGACCUUACAGCCUAUCAAGGUUAUGAGAAUACCUGUCUUUUUUACUUAAAAUACCAAUUUGGUUCCAGCACACCUUAACUCUUGUUCUGAUUGACUUUAGGCUGACGAUUUGGUGAUCUCCUUACCUGAAAAAUGCCUUUUGACCACCUCUACUGUUCUAAGGAGCUACAUUGGUGAAUACAUAGAAAGGUAACACAUGCAAACAGCAUCACACACACCAGGGGUGAAUUCAUUAGUCGCACACAGUAUAAAAAUGUUUUGCAGUGGAAACCGUUUACUCAAUGCUCUGCAACUUGAUGUAAAAGCUGCUCUUAAAUGGAAGUUGUAGUUAAUAGGCAUUUCUCUCUGCUACCCUGCUUCAAAAUAAUUAACUACAACUUCCAUUUAAGAACUAAACGGAACUCGACAGCUUUUACAUCACGUUGCAGAGUUUGUAGAGUUAACGGUUUCCAUUGCAAAACGUUCUCCGCUGAGAACAACUUGAUGUUCAAGUCCAGUUCAAAUACAUAAAGCUAUCUGGUUAAAAAAAUCUAUAAAUAUUUAUAUUUAUAGUUUGUUGAUAUAUUUUGUUAAAUCCUCUCCUAGAUGGAAACCGCCUGUGUCUCCUCUUUUAGCCCUCUGUGCCUUCCUCAUCUCUGAGAGACAUUUUGGCCAACGUGCAGAAUGGAAGCCCUACAUCGACGUCUUGCCCCAAAAAUACACGUGCCCUGCUUACUUCUCAGAUGAGGUCAUCAACCUGCUGCCGAGGAGUCUGAGUGGGAAGGCCCUGGAGCAGAGAGCCGUGGUUCAGGAGCUGCACUCCUCUUCGUUGGGCUUCUUCAGCUCCCUCCAGCCUCUCUUCCGUCAGCCCGUGGAGAGUGUGUUCACGUAUGAUGCACUGCGCUGGGCAUGGUGCAGUGUGAACACACGCACUGUGUACAUGGAGCACCAACACAGCCCCUACAUGUCCAGGGAGAGAAAUGUGUACGCCUUAGCCCCCUACCUGGAUCUGCUCAACCACUGCCCAGCCGUACAGGUGAGAGCAGUGAGUGCACCUACAAUGUGGGAACACAACUUAGUCGCUACUAACCUGGAAUCCAAACUGAAUUCCGCUCCGUUCACUGAAGUGAAACAGCAGUGUAAUGUAACAAUAUUCAGUUUAGAUUCCAAGCUAACUACACUGAACAAAAAUAAACGCAACAUGUAAAGUGUGGUCCUCUGUAGCUCAGCUGGUAGAGCACGGCGCUUGUAACGCCAGGGUAGUGGGUUCGAUCCCCGGGACCACCCAUACACAAAAAUGUAUGCACGCAUGACUGUAAGUCGCUUUGGAUAAAAGCGUCUGCUAAAUGGCUUAUUAUUAUUAUUAUUAUUAUUAUUAUUAUUAUUAUCAUAUUAUUAUUAUUAUAAAGUGUUGGUCCCAUGUUUCAUGAGCAGAAAUAAAAGAUCCCAGAAAUGUUCUGUACGUACAAAAAGCUUAUUUCUCUCAAAUGUUUUGCACUAAUUUGUUUACAUGCCCUGUUAAUGAGCAUUUCUCCUUUGCCAAGAUAAUCCAUCCACCUGACAGGUGUGGCAUAUCAAGAAGCUGAAUAAACAGCAUGUUCAUUACACAGGUUCACCUUGUGCUGGGGACAAUAAAAGGCCACUCUAAAAUGUGCAGUUUUGUCACACAACACAAUGCCAAAGAUGUCUCAAGUUUUGAGGGAGCGUGCAAUUGGCAUGCUGACUGCAGGAAUGUCCACCAGAGCUGUUGUCACAGAAUUUAAUGUUAAUUUCUCUACCAUAAGCCGCCUCCAACGUCAUUUUAGAGAAUUUGGCAGCACAUCCAACCGGCCUCACAACCGAAGACCACGUGUAUGGCGUCGUGUGGGCGAGCGGUUUGCUGAUGUCAACGUUGUGAACAGAGUGCCCCAUGAUGGCGGUGGGGUUAUGGUAUGGGCAAGCAUAAACAACUAAAACAAUUGAAUUUUAUCUAUGGCAAUUUUAAUGUACAGAGAUACCGUGACGAGAUUGGCACCCCAAUGGUGGAACAAGCUCCCUCACGACGCCAGGACAGCGGAGUCACUCACCACCUUCCGGAGACACUUGAAACCCCACCUCUUUAAGGAAUACCUGGGAUAGGAUAAAGUAAUCCUUCUACCCCCCCUUACCCCACCCCCAAAAAAAAAAACAUAUUGUAAAGUGGUUAUCCCACUGGCUAUAAGGUGAAUGCACCAAUUUGUAAGUCGCUCUGGAUAAGAGCGUCUGCUAAAUGACGUAAAUGUAAAUGUAAUGUAAAUGAGAUUCUGAGGCCCAUUGUCAUGCCAUUCAUCUGCCGCCAUCACCUCAUGUUUCAGCAUGAUAAUGCACGGCCCCAUGUCGCAAGGAUUUGUAAACAAUUGCUGGAAGUUGAAAAUGUCCCAGUUCUUCCAUGGCCUGCAUACUCACCAAACAUGUCACCCCAUUGAGCAUGUUUGGGAUGCUCUGGAUCGACGUGUACGACAGCAUGUUCCAGUUCCCGCAAAUAUCCAGCAACUUCGCGCAGCCAUUGAAGAGUGGGACACAAUUCCACAGGUCACAAUCAACAGCCUGAUCAACUCUAUGCGAAGGAGAUGUUGCGCUGCAUGAGGCAAAUGGUGGUUACACCAGAUACUGACUGGUUUUCUGAUCCACGCCCCUACCUUUCUUUUUUUUUUAUGUAUGUGACCAACAGAUUCCCAUUCAUGUGAAAUCCAUAGAUCAGGGCCUAAUGAAUUUAUUUCAAUUGACUGAUUUCCUUAUAUGAACUGUAACUCAGUAAAAUCUUUGAAAUUGUUGCGUUUAUAUUUUUGUUCAGUAUAGUUACCGGACGCUACCUUCACAGAUCAGAACUAUCUGUCUGGUGACAGUUCAAAUUGAAGGUAUCAGAGUGAAGUAUCAAAAUGUACUAUGUCCUCAGGUAAAGGCGAGCUUCAGCCAUGUGAGCAGGUGCUAUGAGAUCCGUAGCGUCCAAGGCUGCAAGAGAUUCCAGCAGGCUUUUAUCUGCUACGGUCCCCAUGACAACCAACGUCUCCUGUUAGAGUAUGGGUUUGUUGCUCCUGGAAACCCUCACAGUGUGGUGUAUGUGGACCAAGGUAAGGAGGGCUAGCUUAGUGGGAUAAAACUGUACACUGACCAGUUAUUUUCAGCAACGAUUACAUGUUUAUGGUCCCAAUCCUAACUUGAGAUCUGCACUCCAUUGACAUCAAUGCAUGAUGGAUUCAAAAGUUAGAGCUCGCACCUCAAGUUAGUUUGGCCUUAUGUUUGCUGUAAUAUUUAUUAUACAUUUAUUAAUUUGUUAGCCUAUACGCUGUCCCUAUCCUAAUUUUCAACCGAUAGAGAGCCAAUUUACUUAUUUUUUUUUCUGUGGUUCAUGUGUUUUCCAGGUACCCUUCAACAGUGUAUCUGUAUAAGAGACAGCAAUCAGCUGGCACAGAAGCUACUCUUCCUGAAGAAAAAUGACUUUUUAGCGUAAGUGUUAGCAGCAUCAUAACUUACUGCUGUCUCAGACAGACUCCAGUAUUCACAGUACCAUGAGUUCACUUGCGCUCUCUCUCUAAAACAGAAACUUGACCCUUAGUUUGGAUGGGCCCUCCUGGAGACUGAUGACCGCCCUCCGGCUGCUGUCACUUAGGACAGAACAAUAGUAAGAAACAUCACCUUUCAGUUUUAUAACAUGAUCAACAGCAGCUGCAAAACAUUCUUAAAGGGGCAAUCUGCAGUUCAAACAAUAACAAAGCAGUCACUCCCCCACCACUGUUUGGGUAAACAGCUGAGGGGUGGGGCUGGAGAAAUGUAACCACCCUCAAAUAGGAUCUAAGAACUGACCAUCCCAUGAUAUCAAAAUCAUGUUUAAGGUAUAGUGUGUUACAAUUACAUUGUUUACAAACAAUGGAGUAAAGAAACAAGCUUCAAUUGAGUUCUGAUGGAGUAUGACAGUUGAACUAAUCUCAUGAGGAAUUUAUAAAUUAUAUUAUUCAACAAUCAAUGGGUGUAUUUAAUGUAAAAGUCCAAAAAUGUGUGUACGGUACUUUUCACAGAUCAAGAUUGCUUAAAUUUGGAAUGAUUUUGAAGUGUGUGAAUGUGUCUUUCAGCCCUUUCUGGAAGAGUGUACUCUUGGGGGAAAUGGUGAGCCAGGACAGAGAGGAGUGGAGUGUUGAUGCAGCCCUUAGGCUUUGUCACUACCUGAUGGUUGACAACACUAGAGCUCUGGACAAGGUACAGUAGGAAAAAGAGGGGAGGGAAGACCUGAAAAUUAAAUCCAACAUAGAAGCCAAAAGCAAACCCAUAGACGCUCAGAAAACGUGUCAUGAAAAAGUAUGAGGGCGUGACUUAAGCCGAGAGAUGUCAGUCUCUAUAAUGGCAAGAAAAAGGGUUGUCAAGGUGACAGGAUUAUCAAGGACAUUGGAGGUCCAUAUAUAAAAAGGAAUAGUUGGAAACUUUGUCACCCUUAACCAAAAAGGCAGUAUGUACAGUGCCGAUCACCUGAAGCCUCAGAGGUUGGAUGAAGAUGAGAUAUUGAGUCUGAAAGAGAAUACAAGACUAGAGAAGGACAAAGAAACUCAUGAAGAAGAUAGACAGAGAUGAGAUAUAGGAAGGUCAAGCAGAAAACAGAAUUCAAGAGCAGAGAAGGACAAAGAAAUGCACGAAGACAGACAAAUCGAGAGCAGGAAAGAAAUGCGGAGAAUAGACAAAAGCACAGAGCGAAGCUAAAAAGUACAAAUAAAGUCAUGAAGACACAAGGUACUGUAGUUGUGAGUUGCACUUGAUACCCAUGGCUAUAUCCAAUAACAUUCUAGUUUAAUUGGGUUCAGUUAUUCUCCAUUGGCCACUUUAACAGAUACUUGCACCUACAGAUGUAGAGUGGAGCAAGCUUAUUCAGGUUUUUGCUGAUUCUAGGAUCUGACGAUGAGUUUGUUUUGAAAUAGUGAGUUGAGGCUUUAUCCUCUGUUUUUCAGAUAUCCCAACUAACAGAGAGGGCAGACGCGUCUCUCAAGGAGCAGCUAGCGGUGGUGGAAUGUCUACGACGAGAGGAGCAAGGAAUUCUGGGUCUUAACCAGGAAAUGCUGCAGAGUCUUCAGAAACAAUUGUUGCCAAGCAGACAGAACAGCAUGCACAAUUUAGCAGUAUGAAGUUCCAGAUCUGGUCACUUUAUUUAUCUAUCACAGGCUAUGCUUCUAUGAGGAGACAACCAUGUCAGUUUCAUUAUCAGUGCAAUCAAUGGAAGUGGGCCACCAAAAGGGCACUAGCUAUGUUUCCAUUAAUUUGUCCAGUGAUUUUGUUGUCAACAUUUAGAAAGUAUAGAUAGAUGCGACAAUUGCCUGCAAGGGUGCGUUUCCAUUUAACUAUUUUGUGUCUAAUAAAAAUGUAGUGGUUGAAGUGUUUCCAUUACCCAUUU